CCCGUCCGUCUUUUCUCCGUCGACAUCCAAGCAACUUUGCUCAUCCAACCACAGAGCAUCCGCCCAACGAUCAAAAUGCCCACCAAAUCUACUGGCAAGAAGGUUGCCCCCGCCCCUUUCCCUCAGGGAAAGGCUGGCUCUAAGAAGGGUCCUAAGAACCCUCUCAUCGAGCGCCGCCCCCGUAACUUCGGUAUCGGCCAGGACAUCCAGCCCAAGCGCAACAUGUCCCGCAUGGUCAAGUGGCCCGAGUACGUCCGCCUCCAGCGCCAGAAGAAGAUCCUUCAGAUGCGCCUGAAGGUCCCUCCCACGCUCGCCCAGUUCCAGACUGUUCUCGACAAGAACACCGCUGCCCAGGCUUUCAAGCUCCUCAACAAGUACCGCCCUGAGACCAAGGCCGAGAAGAAGGAGCGUCUCCUCCAGGAGGCUACCGCCGUCAAGGAGGGCAAGAAGAAGGAGGAUGUCUCCAAGAAGCCCUACACCGUCAAGUACGGUCUCAACCACGUUGUCGGCCUCAUCGAGAACAAGAAGGCUUCCCUCGUCCUCAUCCCCAACGAUGUCGACCCCAUUGAGCUCGUUGUCUUCCUUCCCGCUCUCUGCAAGAAGAUGGGUGUCCCCUACGCCAUUGUCAAGGGCAAGGCCCGUCUCGGCACUGUCGUCCACAAGAAGACCGCCGCUGUCCUUGCCUUCACCGAGGUCCGCUCCGAGGACAAGACUGAGCUCUCCAAGCUCGUCUCUGCCAUCAAGGACGGCUUCGUUGAGAAGCACGAGCAGUCCCGCCGCCAGUGGGGUGGUGGUAUCAUGGGCCCCAAGGCCCAGAUGCGCAUUGCCAAGAAGCAGAAGGCUUUCGAGGCUGCCACCAAGAUCUAAGCAGCUCUUUAAUACCCGUGAUGGGCGUUGCGACUUUGAUGCAAAACAAAAUUUAGGGAAUAACGGUGUUGCUAGGUUUUAUGUCAUGACCAUUAAAAAAUGAAUAAAAAUCGGAAACCAAUUUUCUCUCAUCAACUGAUUGUGAUAUAUAUUUGCCAUGUAAAUGUUUGCUUCUACUUUUCUCAGUGAACUUCUUUUUGGUGUACCAUGAAGCACCAGCAGCAAAAUUUUGUGGCCCCACUUUUUGGUAGCGAGUCGUGCUGGGUUGGGCUGGGCUGGCUAACACCAUGAUGACCUCCGGCAUGUGCUAACUGCCAUGUUCGCUUGCGAUUUUUCUCACUUGAAAUUUUACAAGGACACAGAUAUUAAACGUAAAACCAAUGUUAUUAGAUUUUAAUAUAUAAAGAAAAUUUGUAAAAAAAAUAUCAACGCCGUUUCCCAGAUGUCGUGAAGGUGCACGCAAAGGGUGCCCAAGUAUAGAACACUAUAACAAAUCGACCCGAAGGGUUUCGAUUGUAGACCGAGUCUGACAAAGGAAAAGCGGUUGCUCGGUCAUGUCUUUUGUAGCGCUAAAAUUGCAAAAGUGCAUGUAGACGAUGAUGCUUAGACAGCAGGACCAGCCUUGAUGACAUCCUCAGUGGCCUCGCUUUCGUACUUGGCGAAGUUCUCACGGAAGAGCUUGCCAAGCUUGACGACCUCGGCGUUGAAGCUCUCAGCACCGGCAGUCCAGGCGGUCUUGGGGUUGAGCAUCUCGUCGGGGACGUUGGGGCAGGUCUUGGGGACCUGGAGGUUGAAGAUGUCGUAGUUCUCGUACUCGACCUUGGCGAGCUCACCAGAGUGGAUGGCGUCGAGGAUAGCACGAGUGUACUUGAGGGGGCAGCGCUUGCCACCCUGGGCGAAACCGGCACCAACCCAGCCGGUGUUGAGGAGCCAGGCGUUGGCCUUGUGGUGCUCGAUCUUGUCGGCAAGCAUCUUGGCGUAGCGCAUGGGGUGGAGGGCAAGGAAAGGCUGAGCGAAGCAGGCAGAGAAGGUAGCCUGGGGCUCGGUGACACCAUCCUCGGUACCAGCCAUCUUAGAGGUGUAACCGGAGAUGAAGUGGAACAUGGUCUGAGCGCUGUCAAGCUUGGAGAUGGGGGGGAGGACACCGCGGGCAUCGCAGGUCAGGAGAAUAAUGUUGGUGGGCAUGUUCUCAGACAGGCAAGGAAUCUUGGCGUUGGAGAUGUACUCGAUGGGGUAAGCGCAGCGAGUGUUCUCAGUGAGGGUGGAGUCAUCGUAGUCGACGAUACGGGUCUCGGGGUCGAAAACGACGUUCUCGAGGAUAGAACCGUAGCGGAUGGCGCCGUAAAUAUCGGGCUCCUUCUCAGCAGAGAGACCAAUGGUCUUCGCGUAGCAGCCACCCUCGAUGUUGAAGACACCGCGGUCAGACCAGCAGUGCUCGUCGUCACCAAUGAGGGCACGGUUGGGGUCGGCAGAGAGGGUGGUCUUGCCAGUACCAGAAAGACCGAAGAAGAGGGUGACAUCACCGUUCUUGCCCUCGUUGGCGGAGGAGUGGAGGGUGAGGACGUUGUGCUUGAUGGGCAUUUCAUAGAAGAGGACGGUGAAGAUACCUUUUUUCAUUUCGCCUUGUCUCAUGUUAGUAUCGUUGUCCCAUAUUAAGUGGCCUUGUGGAGAUGAGAGGCGGUGUUAUGGGCUGUGGGAUCCUUGGGGUACUCUUUCCCUGCUUCUUCGACCUUCCUCUUAUGACGGGCUGUUUCAUAGUGCUUCCUGAGCUGGUAAGCAUCCUGUAAGCUCCGCUUGCAAGUAUCGCAAUAGAAGCGCUUUUCCGCUAUGGCCUGUUGGCGGAUCUGCUGUGUUUUAGGCCUGUGCUUGGGUUUUCACAAGUCUGAAGCUGAGGAAGGAGCGUCCAUCCAGGACGAGGAUUCAUGAGGAAGGAGGGAAGGAGCGAUUCUGAGGAAAAACACAUAAGGAAGGAAGGACUUAGGCAAACGUACCAGCGUAUUCAGUACCGAGGAUAACCAUCUCCUUGGCAGCAAAGUUGAGGGAGACGGAGGUGACGGAGGUCAUACCGGCAGUGUAACGGUUGGCGGGGAAAGUACCAGCGUUGUAGAUGGUGUAGUCGGGGUGGAAGUUCUCAAGCUCCUCACGAGGAGGGCGGAUAAGCAUGUUGCGCAUGAAGAGAGCGUGGUAGGCGCGAGCGCAGAUGACACGGACGCGGAUACGGUACUUCUCAUCCCAGCCGGCGUAACCGUCCACGACAUAGAUACGGUUACGGGUGUUGAGGUAAUCGACGGCACGUUCGCGGUUGAUCUUCCAGACCUGUUGAAAUAAUUUGUUAGCGGCAUUUUUCUUGUUGAAACGAGUGUCGUCGAGUGUGAGUGUGAGUGUGGGUGAGAGUGCACAUGAGCGAGCUCCGGGAUCGUCGUAUGACGUCCUGCCCAAUCGGGUAGCUAGCUUUUGGAUGCAAAUAGCCAUGUGUGCUAUUGGCCCACAACUCAAAGUGUGCGUGCUGCACCCAAAAAAUGGGCAAAGUGGGAUCGCGAUCGGGUCGAAUCGGAGCACCACGCAGCGGGAGUCGCAGGAACCACAGCUGCACUCUUGGUUGCUACAGGGCCCGGCUAAGCUCGGUCCAGGGAGGCGUUACAGAGGAAAAAAAUAGCGACACAAUGCAGCCAUUGCCAACUUUGCGGGGGAGCAUCUCUACUAGCCGGCCAAGUUUGCGCACUAGCUGCAUUCUGUCCUUGUUUUCUCACCAUGCGACUGGCCACCCGAGGUGCAUGGAUUUUUUUCUUCAGCCGCCAAGUUUGCAGUGCUGUGGUUGCGUAGUGCAGCAGCAAAAGUCUCGGCUCACAUUGCCGUGGGCAUGCAUAGGCGGGGGAGGGGGAGGACAGAGUGAGACGAAGGGUGACCUACCUCAGGGCUCAUGGGCUUGUUGACGGGACCCCACCUGCAGGAAUUGCGUUAGCCGAGUGAUUCGCAUUGCGGCUCUGCAUGUGCGAGCUUGACUUACCAGAUGUCGUUCUCAGACGAAGGCUCCUGGACAAUACGCUUGUCACCGGGAGAGCGACCAGUCUUGGCGCCAGAGUAGGCAGUGAGAGCACCGCUGGAGGUGAUGGCAGUGCCGGUCUCGUAGACGAGAGCAUCUUCGUAGAGAGCAGCAACGGAGGGGUUAGGGAUCUGGGAGGAGAACGUGUUAGCGGAUGAGAGAGUACGAUUGACAGUAAAUAGGACCGUCUUACAAUAGCGACACGGUCGUAGUCGAUGUGAGCAGUCUCGUGAAGUUCCUCCUCGAGCUGAGUGUGUUCGGUGUGAGGCUGGACACCACCGGGGUGCAGCGAGGUCUUGUUGACGCUGUUGGAAAUCACUGUGAGGCAGCCGGGGUUAGCAAUGAGCGACACGGGAAGCCCAGACGGGCGGAAAGCGGCGGGAGGAGCAGGACGGAGACCCGAGGGCCAAGGUGAAGAGGAUGAUGAGCAAGUGAGGGGGAAG